AUGCACCGGGGAAGAAACCAGGUUCUCCCCUGUUGGUCCUAUAUAUAUGGUUUUCGAACAAUUUUGCUAGCAUUUCGUGAGGGUGACAGCGGCGUUCCUCGCGUCUACCGAAGAUCCACCGUUGCGCGCACUGCCCCAUCGCAACGGUUGGGCGCCACUCAUUCAGCUCUGCCACUCAUCAAAGUGGAACCCGCCCCCGUCGUUCUCGUCGGGCCUUCCGAGUGCUCGGUGUAA